AUGCCCUGCGGCGGCGGCCAUUCAAAUCCCAGCCGGCCGCUCUCUGCUGGUCAGAAAAUGGCGGCUCCUGGGGUAGCGGUAGUUCCCGCUCCUGCCCGAGCGACUUCUCCCACGUCCCCGCUCCUCAUAGCUGAGGCGCUACCAGCCCUGGAUCGUGGUGGUGAUGAGAGGAGGCCCCGGCGGAGCGGGUCGGUGGCAGUCUGCUCCUCGGUGUCUGUGGUGUUCCCGGGCGCCGUGAGCCGGGAGAGCUGCUGCCGCUUCGCCUGCGAGCUCCUCAAGCACGUCCUGCACCAGCGGCACCAGCUCCCGCUGCCCUACGAGCAGCUCGCCUACUUCUGCCGGCGGGCCGUUCAGGAUGGAGAUGUGAUUAAGAAGCCACCCUCCAUGGACCUGGCGAGCAAGAAGUGCCAGCAGGUGCUGAUGGAGCUGGAGGGAGUGCUCCAGCACUUGGAAGUAAUGUUUAGUUUGACACUGGUUCCUCGGGUCCUUAUUCUACUUGGAGGCAAUGUUAUGAGCCCCAAGGAGCUCUAUGAGCUCAACUUGGAGGGUAUCUAUGAGGGCAGCGCUGAGGAGAGCCUGAAAACUGCAUCCUGUGUUCGCAAGCUCUUUCACUCACUCUUCGUCGCGGAUGUCUUCAGUGAACUUAAGGCUCUCCCUGUCACGGGCACUGUUGUUAUGCUCCAAGGACACCGCGAUUGUGGUGUUGAUUGGUUCCGGCCCAAGCUCAACUAUAAAGUGCCAACCCGAGGGAGGAAGCUAACUGUUAAGUUGUCAUGUGAUGGAGACAUCAACAUAAGUGCCUUGCCUCCUCAGCAUAUGACUUCUACUUGGGAGGACUAUGUAUGGUUUCAGGCACCCGUGACGCUCAAAGGCUUUCAUGAAUGACCUGUGCUCUGUAGAACUUUAAUGGAAUAUUGAAUAACCUUUGGUGCUGCUUUAAGUGAUAAUAACUUUAUCAAAUGUAACUGCAUAUUCUUGUCUGUCUGGAUCUCUUUUCCAGGGCAUCUAAUCCCUUCCUGUAGCUGGACUGUGUUCAUCUGUCUUCAUCUCCUGAAUUGUUGUUGAAAGCAAAUACCCUUUAAGGCACAGUUGCACAUGGAUACAGUGAUUCUUUAGGGACCUGAGUUGUGGCACAGGAGAUGAAUUCGUGUGUUGGGAGUAAAACUCUCCUGCUGCAUGCUUACUGAACUGGCAAAUGCUGGAUACAGUCCUCUCUCCUGAGUUUUAAUGUAGCCAUUUCUCUGGUAAUAAUUACUACAUUAUCUGGUUGUUUAGGACUCUAGAUAAUGUACGUGCAUACACUUGGCCUUUACUGUAAAGGCCGUAACCAUUAUUACCUACUCUAUUCCUGUAAAAGGAGACUUUUCCCUGCUUGAGUACUCAAGUGUUUGCCCAUGUCUCUGAUAAAAGUAGACUUCCCCAAAGCUCAGUUUCAGUUACUUAAUAAUCCAAAGAUUGGGACUUCUCAGCAAUUGGGAGGUCUUGUAUGUAGCACUGUUUUGUGCUGGUGAUGAAAAAGAGGUUGAGCAGUGCUGUGGAGGCAGGGAAGUGCA